CAACUCAUUCAUUAGCCUGUCUUGGAUGUUGUGUGUGUUGUAAUUUUUCCUCUCGUUUUUCGUUAAGUGUUUUAAUUUUUUUUUAAUUGAAGAAAUGGCUGAAGGAAUUCAAUUAGCAUCUUUUAACACAAAAUAUUUUUGUCAUCAUUGUAGUCGGGAAGUUUCACCUUUUCACACGGCAGAAUUGAUUUGUCCUGAUUGCUCUAGUGGAUUUCUUGAAGAAGUAUCAAAAGACUUGUACAAUGUUGAUACAUAUUCUUGUCCAGAUGAGGAUGAUGAUUCAGACUUAGAAGAUGUUUCCAAUCUUUCAUUCCUUCCGAAUACCAUGGACAACUUUUUUAGUCGGGUGUUGAUGAAUGUUGGGGAGGAUUUACCGGAAGAAGAAGAUGAUGUGGACACACCGAGACGUAGACUAUUUAGAGCAGACUCCUUUAGUGAUGUAAUGAGGCAUAUCAGUAUGCGGGAAUUGUUAAGUGCUGAUGAAGAAGGUGAGGAUUCACCAUUUGUUAGCUUUCGGUAUUUUGAUGAUUAUACUGGUGAUGAAGAAAUUGAUGCUCUUGCUUCACAAUUAUUAGAUGAAGUUGAAAUUUCUGGUCCUCCACCACUUGCUAAAGAUCAAAUUAAAUCAUUGCCGUCUCUUGCUGUUACUACAGAUCUUCUAGAAAAAGGUAUGCAAUGUACAGUGUGCAUGGAUGAUUUCCGCUUACGGGAUAAAGCAAAACGACUACCAUGUAAUCAUCUAUAUCAUGAAAAAUGCAUCACUCCUUGGCUAGAAAGGCAAGCAACUUGCCCGAAUUGCAGAGAAAUUGUACAAGUGCAGCCAAAGAGCAAACGAUCUCGUAGUUGUCCAAGAACUAGGUUAAAUACAAGAAAUGGCGACAACAGACGGUUUUCAGAAGCAUCAACGUUAAACGAUUUUUUCACAUCAAGUAUCAAUCCAUUUCGGUUUUAUAACUAAGAGGCUUUCUUAAAUUUAAAACCAAAGGCUCAGUGUAUUAUAAAAACAUUUUUGUCGGAAGUAAAUUAACAUGCAGUAUCAACAUUUUUUUUUUUUUUUAAAUAAAAGGUUUAUUUAAUGUGUAAAGCGCAUAUAUGUGCAAAACAGUGUUCUGUUGAACUGGAGAGUUGAUUUGCAUGUGGAGACGAUUCAAGAAAGAUAAAAGCAUUUAUAUAGAUUUCUUGUAAAAAUUAUAAAAUUGUGAUGUGAAUAGUACAGUUAUAGAAAUUUUCUUAAGCUAAAGUUAUUUUUCUUUCAAUGAAUGUGUUUUGAUUUAUUAAAUUUUAUUUAGCAGUUAUUUUAAUUUUCAAUGAAUAUUGAUAUUUAUUAAAAAUGUGAAAAAUGCUGUACAAAUGUAAUCUCAAAUUUACAGCAAUUCCUGCGAUUAAAUAAUAUUGUGUGGAUUUAAUGCUCAGAAAUAAUGAAGUGUGAUGCAAGUUUUAAAACUUGAUAAUAGCUAAUUGAAAUUCCAUUUCAGCCAUUAGAUACUUUUAGUAACUUAAUGAAACUAAUUGAUUUCUUGUAUGGUAAUUUAAUAAUUUAAGUUGUAAAUUUUUUUUAAAAAGAAAGUGCAGGACACCCUAUUGAGCAGAAUUUAAUUUUGAGAGGAAUAAAAAUCUAUUUGGAAUUUGAAUUUAAUGCUCUCUCUUGGCAAAUGCAUGAUAAUUAAGAGAACUUUCUCAAUUCUCAAGCAUUUGCCAAGAAAGAGCAUUUUCAAUAAUAUUCAUUAGAGAUUCAGAGUUUUGAAUAAAUCUCCAAUGAAUAUUAUUUGGACAUAAAUUGUAACUAAUUUCUAUUUGUGAAGUUGGAAUAUCAAAUAUAAAGCAAUUUUUUUAGUAACUUUUUUGGCCAUAUGCUGUUGGUUAUCUCUCCUUAUAUGAUGUGGUUAUUAUUUUCAUUGUGUCCACUCUUCUUAUUUAAAGCAAGCAACUCUCUGAAGACAUCACAGUUCUCAAUUUUUAAAUAUUUACAGAUUUUUUUUAGUGUGUGUUUGUGUGGGUAAGUUAUUCUAAUAAGUUUGUUAAAAAAAAAAAAAAAAACUAAAAUGAAAUGGAUUUAUUUAUUUUUAUCUUACUAACUUUAAUUUGGGAUUAUUAUUUUUUUCACAAAUUAGGCUAAGUUUUCUGAACUCAGAUUUGGGAAAAAGGUAUGAAAUAAUAACAGCUCCAAAUUAUUUAAUAUUUGCCAGUUUCAUCUCUUACGAUUUCAAGUCGGCAUCUAGUGCUUUCUGAUUUUGAAUUUAUUAUAAUACAUCAUUUUGAUUUCAUUACUAUAAUACUCGCAAGUUAUUUAAAUGAUAGAAAGAACCGAGCGAAACGUUUCUAAAAGGAUGAAUUUUACUAAAUAUGAUGGUUACUACUGAUUACAAUUUUCGUUACAAUGAAUAGUGUAAUAUAUAUGGACAAUGCCAUUAGCUAUAUUUCUUCAUUUAAUUGCUAAAUACUUUUAUGUGAACCUUGUGUUUACUUUUUAAAAUGCUUGGUGCUAUAAUUUUAUUUUUAUUUUUUAGACAAAACAUUGAUGUAAGAUAAAGCAAAUGAUAUAUUUUUCUCAAGAUAACUAAAAAACAAUACUCUGAUUUUAAAACAUUCUUUUGUAAUGGGUAAUUGUGAUUGAAAGAUAUGCAUUUCAAUAGAUAUGCAUAUUUGCACUUACCUUGUGAAGGCAAACAUUCAAUAUAGGUCUUCUUUUUAUUACACUGCAUUUAUCAUGUUUCGGAUGCAGUUCUUGAUAAAUCUUCUGUAAUAUAUCUCUGACAAAGCCAGCAAUAUUGUCUGUGAUACAUUCUUUCAAAUCAUUGAACAUGGAGGCAUUAUAUAUUAAAUGUAAAUGUAUUGAUGGAUUGGCUGCUUAGCUGGCAGAGAUCAGAUAAUUUAUGAUGGCUACCUUAUCAAAAUUAAAUUGUGUGUAAUUUCCUUCAUGUCCAAUGAUUAACAUUGAAAUCAGUGUUAAUCAUUGAACAUGAAGGAAAUUGCACACAAUUCGGAAUAGUUUCUAUUGCAUAUGACUUUGUUAAAGAUAUGGCAAAAAGUUUGCACAAAUCAUAUUAUAGUCUUGAUGCAUACAGUAUAAUAAAAGAAGCAAUUAUUGAACAAUUGUAAUACUUGCCUUUGGAACUUGAUAACUUUUUUUUUCUAUGCCCAUUGGAAUGAAAUAUAGUAACUGUAAAAUGAAGCUUUAAAAUCAGAGUAUUCAUAUUGAGUUCACUCUAUUUUGAAUUUGAUAAGAUAUUCCCUAUAAUAAAUUUCAAUGUUUAUAAUAAAUAUUAUAGGGGGGAAAUAAAUUUAUUUGCUUUGAAGUAAUUCGAGUCUGAGACUGCCUAUCCUAUACAUCAAGAUUUGUAGGAAUGGUAAAUUCAUUGCAUUUUUAUUUACUUCAAAAAAUAUAUUAAAUUUGAGUUUUUGAAUACUAAGAGUUUUUCAUUAAAAAAAUGAGAUUAAUAAUGAAUUGCCAAUUUUGGCUUUGAGAAAUCUUAGGGUAGAAUAUUAUUGAAAUGUUACCUUUUGCAUGUUUUAUUUGCUAAAUAAUAGUAUAUUAAAGUAGCAAGUAUAACAAUAUAUUUUAUCGAAGAUUAUUAAGAGUGAAUACUAUAACUAAGAACUACAGAAUUGGAUAAAUAUAGAAAAGUGCAUAGAAAGUACCUUUGAAGAUUAGGUAAUUGUUAGAAGUUUGCAGCUAAAGAACUGUUGCAUCUAUAAACAGACAAGUUGAUUCACUUAUUCUCAAAAUGACUUGAUGUAACUUGUUUUUAUUUAUGUAGUUUUAAUACUCAUCCCACAAUAUGCUUCCUGGGCUUUUUUUUUUCUUUUCUUUAGUUUUCGACUCUUGUACAUAUCUUUGUGAUUUCAGCUUAAAGGUGGCUGACUUGCACUUCAUCUGUUUAAGGACAGACCUUAUUCUCCAGAUUAUCUAUUUUUAUUUUGCAAUUCAACUUUUCAUAUCCAUUUAUGAACCAAAGAAUCAUUAAAAAUAUAAAGAUCUUGGUAAGUUAUCUACAAAAUUGUAAUUACACUGAAAUUGUAACAGCAGUAGCUGGAAGAUUGCAUGACCCUAUUAAGAUUAUAUCAGUCUUGAUGAUUAGCAGAAUUGGCUCUCAAAUGAUUUUCUAUUACUUUACUAUUUCAGUGUAGAUGUAAUCUCAAUUUUUUUUUCAAAGACCUGAAUUCUACUCAUAUGAAGUGAAAUAUAGAUUUUGUUAUAUUUAAAUUUUAACAAUGCCUAAUAUGCUGCAUUCCUCAGUUUUAAAAUCGAUUAGUUCAUGAAAGAAGUAUUGUGCUCAAAUAUAUAUGCAAGAACAGAGUGUAUCUUUUUAGGCAAGACAUAAUCAGAAUAUUUUGAGAAUUGUUAAGACUAUUUCCUGAUGUUUUUGUAAAUAAGUAAUAUUAGACUGUGCUGUAUUAAAUGCAAAUAUAAAAGUUUUAAUGAUCUCAAUGUUGGCUCCAAUGGCCUUUGCAUUUGUACAGUGAGAUGUUACUUUUUGUUGUGCAAUAAGAAAAUAUAUUAUUGUAUAAUGUAUUGGAAAGUUGAUAGAGUGAAUUAAUCAUCGAAGAAAGUAAUGUUAAUCAUUUAUUAUAGCAAUCAUAUUUACCCACCUCCCAUCCAAAGAAAGCUCUGCUGUCUCAUUUGUGUUAUCUCAAAUCGAAUAUUCUAUUUACAAGAAGGAAAGUGCUUUGCUUAAUUUUCAGCAAAUAAAUAACUGAAACUCAUUAGGCAAAGUUUUAUCAUUUAUUGGUGUAAUAAUCUUCAGAAUCCAUUAUUACUGUGUUCAAAUAUUUUCAUUCAAGUUAUGCAUAUUUUGGUAUGACAUCACUUCAAAGAAAACUGAGAAUUUUUAUCUUGAACACAUAUAAAGAAUCCUUAUGAAUCUGUGUAAAUGGUUUUAGUAAAGUUAAAAUUGGAUUAUUCCUUUUACAGUUUAAUUUACUGCUUUUCUCAUGUAAAAAUUUGCACUUUCUUUCUUGCUUAGAAUUGCUUGUUUUGACAAAAUAAUGAAUUUUAUUUUUGUUUCAGUUACAUCUAUGAUAGCUCACUCAGUCAAAAAUUCUUAAGUUAUUCAUAUUUAAUUGUAAAUAUUUUGGUAGAACUAAAUAUUUUUUUGAUAAAUAUUUGGUUCCAUAAUAACAGCAGAAUUUGGGUGAGAAAUGCUAUAAGAGUAUUUAAUUUAAAGUAAAAAUCACACAUGUUUUUCAAAUUAAAAAAAGAAUGCUUAAAUGUCUUUUUUUUUUAAAAAAAUUUAUUUCCUCUAAAUCCAAAUUGUAAAUCGUAUUUCUUGAUAAAAUAUACGUAAUAAAAUUCGGAUUACAGAGUUCAAUAAAUUAUACUUUUAAUUAUAUUUAUAGUUUAAUUUUUAUCAUCAGAAAACUAGCUUUUGUGCUCAUUGCCUCUAUAGAUUAAAAACACUACAUUUGAAAAUUUUAGUCUAGGAAAUUCAUUUUUUUUUUUUCUUUUAGUAUACUCUUAUAAUAUUUCUUGCAUUAAAAAUUGUUUUGGGAUUUUAAUAAUCACUAUUUAUGUUAUGAAAUGGUAAUAGAUCCCAGACAAAGAAAUAUCCCAUACAGAUAGUACCUUCAUUGAAUGUAAAGUAGUUUCAGUGCCAUUUUUAUAGAAAUGUUCAAAAUUGAAUUUAAAAGCAUUCUUAAGUGUUGUAUGUCUAUAUAUAAUGUCAAGUUGGGUGAGCAGAAAUGUUUCAUAUUGUUUAUUUAUUCCUCUCACUUGAAAAUGUUUAUGCAUAUUUGAAGUGAGAAAUUUAUUAUAUUAUAGUUUCCAAACACUCUCAGUCUUAAAGUUUCGUUGUUAAGUGAAUAAAAAUAAAUACUGUUUCAUUUGUC